AUGCUUCCCCUUCGCUUAAAUCUACAUUUCAUUUCUCUGCCUUCUCCCUAACUCUCCCUCCCUCAAUUCUCAAACAUCAGAAUCAGAGAUAUUAUGGCUUUCAGCAUCUCUAUUGCAUGCUUCAACUUCAGAACAAGUCCAACAUCAUCUCCUCAUCUUUCUCCUCCUCCGGCGAUGGCCAGAGCUUCCAACAUCUCCAUGGCUUCAACCAAAACAACGAAAGAACCAAAACCAUUCAUGCCAGCAAAACUUGUACAACACCAAGUGUCUCACUCCACCCCAAAACCAAAAACAGAAGAAAUUUUCAAAUCCUUAGAAAACUGGGCAGAAACCAACAUGCUCAGUCUCCUCAAACCCGUGGAAAACUCAUGGCAGCCUCAAGACUUUCUUCCAGACUCUAGCUCCGAAGAUUUCUUCCAGAAAGUAAUGGAGUUGAGAGACAGAGCAAGAGAAAUACCUGAUGACUAUUACGUAUGUUUGGUUGGUAAUAUGAUAACAGAAGAAGCUUUGCCAACUUAUCAGACAUUUUUGAACGGUUUAGAUGGAGUUGGAGAUGAAACAGGUGCAGGCUUGAGUCCAUGGGCUGUAUGGAACAGGGCUUGGACGGCAGAAGAGAACAGACAUGGAGAUUUGCUGAAGCAGUAUCUGUAUCUGUCGGGCAGGGUGGAUAUGAGACAGGUGGAGAAGACGAUACAGUAUCUCAUUGGCUGUGGAAUGUAUGUGAAGGCAGAGAACAAUCCACUCAGGGGAUACAUAUACACCUCUUUCCAAGAGCGAGCCACCUUCAUCUCACACAGCAACACAGCUCGCCACGCCAGCCGCCAUGGCGAUCCCAACCUCGCACGCAUUUGCGGCGUUGUCGCCGCCGAUGAGAAGCGACAUGAGGCGGCAUACAUUAAGCUCGUCGAAAAGCUCUUUGAAAUCGACUCUGAUACGUGCAUCAUCGCCUUGGCCGAUAUGAUGAAGAAGAAGAUCAUCAUGCCCGCUCACCUCAUGUUCGACGGCUCUGAUGAGCGCCUUUUCGAUCACUUCGGGGCAGCUGCUCGUCGUCUGGGCAUCUACACCUCUGGGGAUUAUGCGGAUAUUAUUGACUUUUUGGUGGGGAGAUGGAAGGUGGAGAAACUCGAAGGGCUUUCUGGUGAGGGGAAUAGGGCGCAGGAUUUCUUAUGCGGUUUGGCUGCUAGGGUUAGGAAGUUGGAGGAGAUAAGGCAAACUAGGGCUAAGAAGGCGCCUUUGUCUUCUGUCCGGUUCAGUUGGAUCUUCGACCGGGCCGUCCAGAUUUGA